ACAUGUCUGCCUCCAUGGUGCGAGCGACCGUCCGAGCGGUCAGCAAAAGAAAGAUACUACCCACAAGAGCCGCACUGACACUGACUCCAGCAGCUGUGAAUAAAAUCAGGACGUUGUUGCAGGACAAGCCGGAAUAUAUCGGUUUGAAGGUUGGCGUGAGAACACGUGGCUGUAAUGGACUGACCUACACACUGGACUACACCAAGGAGAGAGACAAAUCUGAUGAGGAAGUGCUGCAGGAUGGCGUGAGGGUGUUCAUAGAGAAGAAGGCUCAGCUGACCCUCCUGGGAACUGAGAUGGACUUUGUGGAGUCAAAGCUGUCCACUGAAUUUGUUUUCAACAAUCCCAACAUCAAGGGCACAUGUGGCUGUGGAGAGAGCUUCAACAUUUGAGCAUCAUGAAGCCUCCGUCCUCCCACACAAUCCCUGCUCUAAACCUUGUCCCAUCUAUUAAGACUGAGAGACUGAAUGUUGACGAGGAAGUCGGACAUGAGGAAAUCCUUGAGAUGUGGACGUGCCUCCUUUCCUACCACUGCUCUUCCUGCAGACCACUUGCAUACACACACUCUUGAAGCCCAAAUAUGUAUGUUCAUGCUUAGAGGAAAGUUUCAACACAAUCUGUGCAGUCAAAACAAUGAUUGAUUGAUUUUAGAUACCUCUGAUGUCGACCCUGCUUCUUUUAUUCUGGGCUCCUGCAUUUAAAAAAAAAAAAAAAACCUUUAGAAGGACCUCAAAAGCAAGGUGUUUUUUUAAAUUUAGUGACUGUCUACCAUUUUACACACGUACACACAUUAUCUUAAUUCAUUCAGUCAAAUCUCACCAUGUCUUGUAUGCAGAAGGAAAUGGUACAACAUAGCCCAAAAGCGUGCUCACUAAAGUGGAGAGCUGAUCAGCUUUAACUUGGUAAAGCUAAGUGGAUGAGACCAUUAAGUAUUCGGUUUUUAAGUUGGAAUCUACCCACCCAAAAUCCACAGAUGUUAACAACAGCUGUUUGAUAAAAACACACUGUAAGACAGUGUACCAUUACCCAGUGUCGUGUACCAGCAGUAUGCAAAAGUGGAGGAGUUUGAGUGUCUUGAAUCUGCUUUAUCAGUUUGUAUAGUCUUUGAAAAGUUAAAAUAUAUAUUUAUCGCUGUGUAAAUAUAAAGAAUGUAAAUCUCCCUUGAACCACACAAACGCACAAAAAAAA